UUCGGUGGGUACUGGAAACAUCGUUAUAAACCGCCAAAGCACAACCUGCCAGAUGUUUGUCAAAAUUCCCAGCUGAAAGUUUCUCGGGAGAGAGCUUUCUUCCCGUUGCAUUUGGAGCCUCAUGCUCAAUGAUGCGACAUGAGUUUAUCAAAGUGGAUGGCUAUUCAAUCCGCCAAGCGGUUCUUCAACAACAUAGAUACUAGUAUUCGGUUAAUAAGGAAACAGGAGCCCUACCAGAAUAUCAUCAGCAAUGUGCUUAGAAGAUGUCAGUCACACUGGUCAGAUAAGGAGAAGAUAGGAAGUGAUGGGAUAGGUGGGGAGAAUGAAGCAUCCAAACUGCCAGCAACACCUAAAAGCGGGAUCACCCACCUUGACUCCAGGAGCAGCAAUUACGAUCUUGACAAGUAUAAUUUUUCCAGUAGCAAAUGGAAAUUCGAUACUGUUUGGCUUUCUAAAGCUCUUGAAUCUGCGUCUCAACUAUGUAGGUGGGCUUUACCUUCAGGGAAUGGAAUUGGAGAUAGACCCCCGCCCAUCAACAGGUCUCUUGCAGAGAUCUAUGCAAGUAUUCAACGGAGUAAACUGGGACUUCAGGAUUGGAGUCUUAGCGAUCUUACCAUAGGCCUUUAUCUUAUAUAUCUCCAGCAAGCAUCCAUCAAUCCUCGCGAGGAUAUUAAGGGUGAACUGAUAUCUUCUGAAUCAGUUGUCCAUGAUCUCAUGUACCACACUGAACUAGCAAAGGGCUCAUACAGAGAUAGUACUCGUGGUCUUGCACGGAACUGUAUGCUUCGAGAAACCGAUGUUGUGAAAUUCAUUAAAAUUUCCAGCAUGUUAAGGCCUGGAUAUUACAUUGCGGUUGACAAGAGAAAAAGACUUGUCAUACUUGGAAUACGUGGAACACACACAGUUUAUGAUAUAAUUACUGACAUUGUUUCUUCAAGCAAUGAAGAAGUAACAUUUGAAGGCUACUCGACACAUUUUGGGAGUGCCGAGGCUGCUCGUUGGUUUCUCACUCAUGAAAUGGAAACGCUAAGGAAAUGCCUGCAGAAACACGAGGGAUUUAGGUUAAGGCUGGUUGGUCAUUCUCUUGGAGGUGCAAUAGCAUCCUUGUUGGCAAUAAUGAUCCGUAAGAAGUCGCCCCAGGAGCUCGGCUUUAAUCCCGAUAUUGUAACAGCAGUUGGAAUUGCAACCCCACCAUGCGUCUCCCAAGAUCUUGCAGAAAAGUGCUCUGAUUAUGUUGUAACGGUGGUAAUGCAGGAUGACAUUAUUCCGAGGUUAAGCGUUGCUUCUCUCAUAAGGCUGAGGAACGAAAUUAUUCAGACGGACUGGAUGAGUGUUUUCGAGAAGGGAGACUGGAAAGGCGUGGUAGAUUUAUUCACGAAUGCGAAGCAGGUUGUAUCGUCCAUCCAGGAUGUAGCUCAGAAGCUAGCCGAGUUUGCCAAGUCCCGAGACCAAACAACAUACCCUGAUGUUCCCCCGAGAAAGGAAGUUAAUACUGCUUCAGGCACGCAACCAACCUCCGGGUCAGCAAGCAACAUUGCUUCUCUAGCAAAACAACACAAAGGCACUCUCGGUGGAGUAGAUGAGGAAUUGCUAGUACCCGGGAGCGUGUAUUAUUUAAAGAGGAAUACUGAUGAGGCCACGGAGUUCUUCACGCUGUGGAAGCGACACCCGGGCGAGCAUUUCCAGAGGAUACUGCUCUCCAGUAACGUAAUCUCAGACCACAGAUGCGACAGCCAUAACUAUGCGUUGCGGGAUGUUCUCAAAGGUAUCCCCGCUUCCUCUGAUGAAGCCAUUUUCAGAUGAUCAAGUGUUAGUUCAAGGUUGUCUUCACCUGUACUGCUGUCCAUAUCUUCAUUCAAUAAUGAAUAUAUACCCAUACAAGAGUUAAUUUCUGUUUUAGUGUUUCGGUUUUAGUUCUCAACUAUGAUGAUAUUCGGUUUUAGUUCCCGACUACGAUGAUCAUUUGCCAAGAAAUUGCUUGCCUAUUUGUUAAUGUUACAUUGAUCAUUUGCCAA